AGGGCGGGGACAGGUAUAUUAAAGGGACCGUCAGCCUGUGCUAUGAUUUAGUAUGGGGAAGACGAGGCGCGGUGACAUGGCUCUUCUUUGGGUGUGGUGCCUCGCCCUUCUGGUAACACUGGUCACCGCCACGCCGCUACCUCAGGAUACGAAAGACCACGCUAACUACGAGUUCCAGUACGGCGUGAGUGACAGCGGCUCUGGCAAUGAGUACGGCCAGCAGGAGUCACGCGUGGGCCAGGACACACGAGGCUCCUACCGCGUGCUGCUCCCCGACGGCCGCUUGCAGGUCGUCAACUACUACGUGAGCGGCGACUCGGGUUUCGUGGCGGAGGUGACCUAUGAGUAUGUGUCCUGACGCGGGCCCGAUGUACAGUCACCCAUCUAAGUACUGACCAGACCCAGCGUUGCUUAACCUCGCUGAUCGGACGAGAGCCUCAUAUUCAGCGUGGAGUGAUCUUUGGCAUUUUUUUGUUUUUUUACUUUGGCACUGUGUAUGUACGGUGUCUCUAUGGCUUGU